UACCCUCCCGUGAGAACACACGACACGUCGUUUCCGAAUGUCUCUGCUACGCUGAUGGUUCGGGGGCUUAGGGUUUAUCAGUCACCAGACGACAACCUCCGCAACUUUCCGUCGCAUUAAAGAACCGCCAAUGGAGCCCUCUGCCAAUCCCGACCCUCCCUCGCUCGACCCUGCCGCCGAGGCCCCGCGAUCGCCGCCGCCCCAGCAAGAACCCGACCCCAAGAAGCCCAAGAUGUCCUCCACCGCCACCACCUCCGACGACGACGAGGAAGCCGCCGCCGUCGCCGCCGCGGACGCCGACGACACCAGCAGGAAGCCAAGGUACAAGCGCCGCAAGGUCGCCAUCUUCUUCGCGUACUGCGGCGUCGGCUACCAGGGCAUGCAGAAGAACCCGGGAGCCAAGACCAUCGAGGGCGACCUCGAGGAAGCCCUCUUCCACUCCGGCGCCGUCCCCGAGGCCGACCGCGGCCGCCCCAAGCGCUACGACUGGGCCCGCUCGGCCCGCACCGACAAGGGCGUGAGCGCCGCGGGUCAGGUCGUCUCCGGGCGGUUCUACAUCGACCCGCCCGGGCUCGUCGACCGGCUCAACUCCAACCUCGCCUCCCAGAUUCGGAUCUUCGGGUACAAGAGGGCGACGUCGUCGUUCAAUGCCAAGAAGUUCUGCGACCGGCGCAGGUACGUGUAUUUGAUCCCGGUGUUUGCGCUUGAUCCGAGCACGCACCGCGACAGGGAGAGCGUGGCGGCUAGUCUGUGGUCUGGGAAUGAGCUCGUCAAGUGCUUGGAGUGUUCGGAGAGAGGGCGGAAGGUUGUUGGGGUGAUGGGUAAGCGCAAUUUCCAGUUAAGGGGAUGGGUCGAUGAUGUGAAUGGGUGUGGGGAGGUCACUAAUGACUCCGAUGAGGCCAAAGUUGAGUCGGGCAUUACGUCGAACGACUGCUGUGGAGUCAGUGAUGUGAAUGGGUCUGGGGAGGUCACUAUUGACUCCGAUGAGACCAAAGUCGAGUCGGGCAUUACGUCGAACGACUGCUGUGCAGUCGUGGGAACUGAAGUUAAAGAGGGUAUUGUUGAUUCCUCGAGCAAUGGCAUUGAUGAUAAAUCCAAUUCCAAUGUCAUCAACAAGGUAGACACUUCCAGUGUGGUGGACAAUGUAGUAUCUGCGGACACCGCACCUGCUGAUUUGGAUACUAGUUCAGUGGUUAAAUUAGACGGCGAAAUUGCAGAGACUAUAGUACAUGGGGAGGAGAAACCAGUGACAGGAAGUGGGUAUUGUUAUGGAGAGGAGGAGAAGGAGAGGUUCAAUAGAAUUUUGUGGUAUUAUGUGGGAACUCACAAUUUCCACAACUUCACCACCAGAACAAAAGCCGAGGAUCCCUCGGCACGACGAUACAUUAUUUCUUUCGACGCGAAUGCUGUAGUCACCGUUGAAGGUAUCGAAUUUGUCAAGUGUGAGGUCAUGGGUCAGAGUUUCAUGCUUCAUCAGAUACGGAAAAUGAUGGGACUUGCGGUGGCAAUCAUGAGGAAUUGUGCUCCGGAGACGCUGAUUGCGAAUGCUUUGCAGAAGGACGUUAAAAUCAACGUGCCAACAGCUCCUGAAGUUGGCCUAUACCUGGACGAGUGCUUCUUCACAUCAUAUAAUAACAAAUGGAAGGAUAGCCAUGAAGAGCUCUCCAUGAAAGACUAUGAGAAAGAGGCAGAAGACUUCAAAAUGAAAUACAUAUACUCCCAUAUAGGCUUGACAGAGCGCAAAGAAGGAGUUGUGGCUCUCUGGUUGCAUUCCUUGAAUUAUCGGAACUAUCCUGAUUUACGUGCUGGUGAUAAGCAAGAAUUGACAGAAAAUAAGAGCAGUGAAUAAGGGACAUGGAUGUGGACGUGGUGAAAUUCAUUUGUUCAACGUGUCAGGAUGCUUCUCGUCGAGAUGCUCUUGCCACUCAGUUUUGCCAUACACAUUCAGGUGACUUUGGUAUUUGAUCCUGACACUUAUCCUAUGUAAGGCUCUUGUUACUUAGAAUAGUUUGGAAACCUAAAAAUCAGAUUAAGCUUGUGCGAUUUUGCGAAAUUCUACAUCUUUCCUAUGUAUGCUCCGCAGUGGCAUGAGAAGCAGGCAAGUCAGCUGCAAUCACGUUUUUUCUGUGCCAUUUCUUUAAGCCAAACAUGUCAUUUAAUCGUGUCUAUCUUGAGAUCGAGACAUCUAUGAACGGCCGGAGCUCUUUGUGCAUCGAUUGCAUUGCAUCUAGGUUUGUAAUUUGUCAUUGAGGGUCUGGGGGAGGGGCUGAAGACUGACCUUGACAACGAUGUUUUUGGUGAUGCCAAUUUCAUAUUGUAACCAGAGGGCAUUCAUAUAGUGACUAAACUCCACUCACUGACAUUAUGUUCAUAUUGGUAUUGUUUUCUGUUAUCGCAA